AAGCUUAUACACAAGUCGCAAGAAAAUCACACUAAAAAACAGCUGCUCUAACAAGCAUAUCAAAUUGAUCUUUGAGUUCUGCUAAUUUAAUAGUUUAAUUGAGUGAUCCCAAAUAACUUCUAAGAUUAAAUUCAGAAAAAAUAGGGGCCAAACUUGUUCUAUCGAGAAACCCGAACAACUUAAACAGCACCAACAUAAACAAAUUUACUGCCAAUACAUUAAUUGAUGCAUAUCAAAUUUUACGAUCAGCCGUUUUGCAAAGAAGUCCUUACAUGAAAAAUAUACCAUCACUUUCGGUUAUUAGAUUGCUCGAAUCAAAGCGCACGGCAGUGCAACAAGCCAAGUUUCAGCAACGCCAGUAUAUCUUUACAUGAAUCAACUCGCCCGGUUUUUCCCACUCUCGCGUUUCUAAGAUGGGAUUUUUAAAUUUAAAACAUAGAUUAAGCUUAAAUAGUUUGAGACACUGUCAAAAAAAUGAACCCUUAAUUAUAAGCAUUUUCAAAAGAGGAGAGCAUCAAACUUUGCAUUUUUGUUAAUUGCUAACUAAUUGACUCAAUCAAUCAUCAUCAAAGUUAUAAGAUAAAAAUGAUAUUUUGCUGGGUUUUAAUAGCAUGCGCUUUUCUAAACGUUUUGGCAGAUUACAACAAAUAUAUUCAAUAUGUUGAGCGAACAAACGCUUUCAUCGAAUGUGCUUGUAAAAAGAGAAUUUCCAAAACAUUCUAUAAUGGAUUCGACAUUGCAAUUAAGAACAUUGUUCGAGGAAAUAAAUAUACGUUCGAGGAAAUGAACUAUAUGUUGGCAACACCGGACUAUGCAGAAGAUAAUCCUAACCUUCAAAAAAUCAUGCGAUACCAGGGAACAAUGCGAAAUGAAAUAAUCGAUAUCACAGGUUAUUGUAGGUUUCCGUCAAAAAGAAGGGAAACUUCUACAAGACCUGAAGCUUAUAGAAGAACAGCAACUACAAAAGCCAUAAGAGGUCUGUUCGCCCUCGAUUUGUUACGCGGAAACGAUGUAAAUUAUACAAAUGAUCAGAAAUGUAUUUUAAUUGGAUUGGCAGUACAAUCAAAGUACAUAUCAAAAUAUACGGAAACUGCUAAUUUUGAAAAUGGUUUUUGUGUCAUAAAGGAUAGCGAGGGCAAUGUUAAAAAGUACAAAGAGAUCGAGAACGAAUUUUGGGAAGUAGACUGUGAUCAAGUCGAUUUAGCAAAAGAAAAACUUCUUGAUCAGUUAAAACAUUAAUUUAGAAUAGGAAGCAUAAGCAUAAUGAAAUCUUUUACAGCCAACAGUUUUUGUUUUAAUAAUCAAAUCAAAAUAUACAUUGUAUUAUUUAUUACAUUCUGAGCUAAAAUUCUUAUUGUCAAACAAUUAAAUAUAUUUCAUAAUAAACAAUUUCGCUUAUGAUUUUAAACGUAA